AUGAAGUACGUCGUUGUUUCUGGAGGUGUCAUCAGUGGCAUCGGGAAGGGCGUAAUUGCCUCGAGUACCGGUUUGCUGCUGAAGACUCAGGGUGCCCGAGUCACCUCGAUCAAGAUCGACCCUUAUAUGAAUGUCGAUGCGGGAACUAUGGCUCCCACCGAGCACGGAGAGGUGUUCGUGUUGAACGACGGUGGUGAAGCGGAUCUCGAUCUCGGUAACUACGAGCGGUACCUUGGAGUUACCCUGGGAAGAGAUAACAACAUCACAACCGGAAAGGUCUACAAGCAUGUGAUCGAGAAGGAGCGCCGCGGUGAUUACCUUGGACGUACUGUCCAAAUCGUGCCUCACUUGACAGACGCCAUCCAGGAAUGGAUCGAGCGUGUGGCUAGAACCCCCGCCGACGACACGAACGAGGAGCCCGAUGUGUGUGUUAUCGAGCUGGGUGGCACACUUGGGGACAUUGAAAGUGCUCCUUUCGUUGAGGCUCUGCGUCAGCUGCGUCGCCGGGCUGGCAAGGACAACUUUGUCCAGAUCCACGUUUCUCUGGUUCCUGUCAUUCACGACGAAUUGAAGACUAAGCCCACUCAGCAGGCUAUUCGGGACGCUCGCUCAGCUGGUAUGAGCCCGGAUCUCAUUGCAUGCCGUUGCGAGAAGCCCCUUGACAAGGCCACCACCGAUAAGAUCGCUAUGUUCUGCCAGGUUGAGCCAGAGCAGGUGAUUGGUGUGCACAAUGUUAGCUCCACUUACCACGUUCCUCUGCUUCUCGAGCAGCAGGGUUUCCUUGGAGUUCUGGGCGACCUUCUCAACAUGAAGAAGGUAUACAUCUCCGAGGCCCAAUUGACCAAGGGUCAGUCCACUUGGAAACAGUGGAAGACCCUUACAACUGCCCAGGAGCACACCUUCGAGACUGUCAACAUUGCUCUCGUUGGCAAGUACGUCAGUCUCCACGACUCGUACCUGUCUGUCAUCAAGUCGCUGGAGCACGCGGCUAUGGCUUCCCGCCGAAAGCUCAACAUUAUCUGGGUCGAUGCCUCUCACCUUGAACCCGAAUGGGAGGAGACCAACUCCAAGGAAUACCACAAGGCGUGGUAUGAUGUUCACACUGCCAAUGGAAUCUUGGUUCCAGGAGGCUUCGGCACCAGAGGUACCCUCGGAAUGAUGCGCGCUGCCCACCACGCUCGUACCAAGAACAAGCCUUAUCUUGGUAUUUGCCUGGGUAUGCAAAUUGCUGUUAUUGAAUAUGCCCGUAAUGUCUGUGGCCUUGAGGGUGCCAACUCGGUCGAACUUGACGAGCGCACCUCUCACCCGAUCGUGGUCUACAUGCCUGAAAUCGAUCAGGUGAACCUUGGUGGUACUAUGCGUCUUGGCUCUCGCCCUACUCUCUUCCAGGAGAACACUGAAUGGUCCAAGCUCCGCUCCCUCUACGGAUUGGACCGCACUUCUAUCGAUGAGCGUCACCGCCACCGCUAUGAAGUUAAUCCUGAGUACAUUGACCAGCUCCAGAGCGCUGGUCUUCACUUCAUCGGUAAGGAUGAUCAGGGUGAGCGCAUGGAGAUCGUCGAGCUCAAGGACCACCCCUGGUAUGUGGGUGUCCAGUUCCACCCUGAGUAUAUCUCUCGUGUGCUUGCACCCAGCAAGCCAUUCCUCGGAUUCGUCUCCGCUGCGGCCGGUUGCUUCGACCAGGUUCAGGCCUCAACUCAGGCGAAGGAGAUGGAGUUGGCUAACGGGGUCAGCAAGAUUGUCGUCUAA